CAGGCAGCCAUGGUCCGCAAGAAAGUUUACCGCCCCAUCGCAGCCAUGGCCAAGAAGAUCCGGGAGUACCGGGCUUUGAAAAACCGCCCCCGAGACUCCCAGCGCUUUGCCCUGGACUACGAGACCAUGAUCCGUCCCUUCACAGGCAAGCGCCUGCCCAUCCUGGCUUGGGAGGACGUGAGGAACGAGAACCGGCUCUUCACCCUGCUGUGCCGGCUGCAUCAUUUUGGCAUCGGGCGGAUGGUGACGCGCAAGUCCUGGUUGUGGGAACACGAAGAGCCGUGUUACUGGGUCAUCACCAAAGUGAAAGUGGAUUAUACAGCUGAGAAUAUGGAUCAUGGGAAAGCAUGGGGAUAUCUGACAUUCAGAGGCAGGACAAACGACACAGUGGAAGAAAUCCCCAAGGCUAUGUAUCAUGACUGGCGCAUGGUUCCUAAGCAUGAGGAGGAGGCCUUUAAGAAAUGCACGCCAGUGGAAGAAGAAAGUAUACAGUAUGUCCCUUACCCUCCUUUGCUGCGGGCCAUGAUCCUCGCUCAGAGACGGAAGGAAGGGAAUCUGGACACGGAAGAGCCAAUGCUCGACUUGCAAAGGUUUGACGCCUUACGGGAAGAGCGCUUGGCGCUUUUCAAAAAGAAGAGAAAGGAAGGGACGCCCGUCUGA